AAAUACAUGCCAUCCCAACAUAGCAAACGAAUAGAAAAUUAGAAAAGAAAUUUUCAACUUUAAUAAAUUAUACUAAAAAUUAUGAGUAAAUUAAUAAAUUAUUAAACAAAAAAAAAGUUUGUGAACAAUUGACUGAGUUCAUAAUUGAAUUAAUAAAAAAAAUUUCGUGAAAAACGUUCUGUGAAUUGCUAAAAAAAGGAACAGAAAAAUCGGAAAAAAUCCUCCGGUUUAUCCGCUGAGUUGUCAAUCUUUUUUUUCUCACCAACGCAAAAUAUUGAAAUUUUAUUUUGGUCAAAAAAUUUAAAACAAAAAAAAAAACGAGACGAAAUAGAAAUUUUCUUCGAUCCAAAAUGGAAUCAGCCCCAUCAACGGAUGUUGUUUAUCAAGGAAUUUAUACUUUAUUUAAUAAUCCCAAUUCCAGAGACAAGGAGAAAGCCUCGAAAUGGCUAGAAGAGUUUCAGAAAUCGAUAUACUCAUGGACCAUAGCAGAUGAAUUGCUUCAACAAAAACGUGAUCUGCAUUCGUGUUAUUUUGCAGCCCAAACCAUGCGUAACAAGAUUCAGAAUUCAUUCAAUGAGCUACCACCCAAUUCGCACGACAGCCUCCGAGACUCACUGAUUGCCCACAUCUGCCAGAUAACCAGCGAAACAGAUCAAAUCAUUGUGACUCAAUUGUGUUUGGCUGUUUCUGACUUGGUCCUUCUGAUGGCUUCUUGGAAGGAUCCAAUUCUAUGGCUAGUUGAGUCGUUGUCAAAGCAGCAGGAGACUGUUUGGCCUCUAGUUGAAAUACUCACACUAAUCCCGGAAGAAAUAGACUCACGUUAUUUGCGAUUGGGUGCCAAUCGGCGUAAGGAAAUCCACAAGCAGCUGGAAGAGAGCGCUGGUACAGUGAAUGAGUUCCUUCUGGCUUGUUUGUCGACUUAUAUGCAAAAUGAAUUCAUCCUCAACAAAGUUACGAGAUGUUUCUCGUCGUGGAUUGGCAUUCAUGCCAUUCCGUUGAAGACGUUCCCUGAAAGUCCGUUGGCCAGACAUGUCUUUAAUAUGCUAAGUACGCCGGAUACAACAAGGAAGCUGCAUGACUCGGCAACAGAAUGCCUUUGCACAGUACUCGGAUGCAUGGAAGGCAACAAUAAUCACUACAAUGUUGACCAAAUGCUUGAAUUGCAGAUAUUCAAUGGAGUUUUGGCACUCGAGAAUGCUUAUCACAAUAGCAUUGCCCAUGAAGAUGCUGAGAAAACUAUUAACUAUUGUCGCAUAUUUACAGUUAUGUGUGAAUCUUUUCUGAUGCUGAUGGUUUCGAAUGUAGAAACUCCACAUUAUUCUGUAAAAGGUCUCGAAUUGGUUUUGCUGUGUGUGGGGCAUUAUGAUUAUGAAGUGGCUGAGAUAACUUUCAAUCUGUGGUAUCGGCUGAGUGAGGAAAUAUAUCAGAAGAAUAAUGAUGCAUUGACGUUGCAUUUUAAGCCUCAUAUUGAGAGGCUGUUGGGGGCUUUGUAUCGACAUGCUCAGAUGGAUGUGGAUCAUGAUGGACUUAUUGAUGAAUCGGAUAAUUUUAAUGACUUCCGAAGAAAAGUUUCGGAUCUAAUCAAGGACGUUGUGUUCAUCGUUGGAUCGGGAGCUUGUUUCAAGCAGAUGUUCAUCACAUUGCAAAAUCCAGGCGCAACAUGGGAGAGUACCGAAUCGGCUCUAUUUAUAAUGCAAAAUGUUGCUAAAAACAUUAUACCUGACGAAAAUGAAGUUAUACCCAAAGUUGUUGAAGCUAUUCUAAAUCUUCCUGAAAACACUCAUAUCGCCGUACGUUACACUUCCAUCAUGCUACUCGGAGAGCUAUGCGAUUGGAUUGAAAACCAUCCAGAAGUCCUGCAAGCAGUUCUAAAUUUUCUUCUAUAUUGCCUUCAGCAAAAGAAUGGCUUGGCAGCUGCAGCUGCCAUUGCUCUCACAUCGAUAUGUACUGCCUGCCGUCAGCAGAUGAGUUUUCAUCUCAACGGUCUCAUUGAAAUUGCCCGCAGUUUGGAUAGUUUUGAAAUAUCGAAUGAGCUUGCAAUUGGACUUUUGAAAGGAAUUUCAUUGAUUCUAGAGAGAUUGCCACGUGACCAACUGGAGCCAGGCCUGCGUGAAAUCUGUACCUUCCAGCUGAAUCCAUUGGCUCAAUUAGUCGAAACGGGUAGUUUGUCGGUGAAAAAAGGUGAACGUACAGAUCCAGCAUACUGGAUUGAUAGAGCUUGCGCAAUUAUCAGGCACACAAACCCAGAUAUCCAAGCGGACGAAGUGCAUCCUACAUUGCAAAUAAUCACAGACGCAUGGCCAUUAAUUUCGAGAGUGAUGGAGAAAUACCAAAGUGACUUGCGAAUAAUGGAACGUACUUGUCGUCUGAUUCGCUACUCUGUUCGUAUGGUUGGCAAGCUUGCAUCACCACUCGUGGAACCACUUGUAAAGCAAAUGGUUUGUCUGUACGUCGUACAUCAUCACAGCUGCUUCUUGUAUUUGGGAAGUGUCCUAGUUGAUGUGUUCGCCAAGUCGGAAGACUGCAUUGCUGGUUUGCUGGAAAUGCUGAAAGCAUUCAUCGAACCCACAUUUAAUAUGUUACAGGUGGAGAACGGAUUGAAAAACAAUCCUGACACAGUAGAUGACUUUUUCAGAUUAUGCUCCAGAUUUAUUGAAUGCUGUCCGGUUCCGUUCCUGCAAAGUCCUCUAGUAACACCGAUAUUUCAAUGCGCACUCUUAGCAUGCACUUUGGAUCAUCGGGAAGCCAACUCAUCGGUGAUGAAGUUCUUUUGCAAUAUAUUGCGAUGGGGUCGCACCACAUACAGAUAUCCGGAAUGUCGUCCACUAGUCAAGAGCAUUGCUCAACAAAACGGCGAAGCUCUGGUCAUGAAUUUGAUUCACGCCUCAGUGUUUUGCUUGCAUUCGUAUAUGAUGCCAGACGUAGCCGAAGUGUUGAUGGAGAUUAAAGCAGUUGAAGGAGAGAAUAUGGAGGCGUAUCUGAAGCGAGCACUGGAUGCAUUGCCAAAGAAGAAUAGCGGUGGUUAUGUGACAGCAACACAAGAACAACUCGAUGAAUUUAGUAAUACAGUUUUAAAAGCGGAAGAAACAAAAGCAGUGACACUAGCUCUUAAAGUAUUCACCAGAUUAUUCCGAUGAAAUUUUAUUUUUAAUUUUUUUUUUCAAAAUUUUGAGAAUAGAAUGCGUUUGAUUUCAUUUCAUGUAGACUAUUAGAUUAACUAAUAAAGAAAAUUGACAUGUUUAAAUCUA